AUGGAGUGUUGUAGGCGAAUUCCAAGUUCAUCAUUUGGGGUAGUAGCCAUCUCCCUUCUCCUGGUGGUGUUGGUGAGCGUCCCUAAGGCAGAUGCCAACAAGGAUCCAUUGACCGCAUUAGAAAACCACGGCGGGAAGAUGCUUAAAGGCAAGCUGGAUUUGUCGGUGGUAUUCUACGGGCAAUUCGGACGGAUCCAGAAGAACAGACUGAGGGCAUUUUUGAAGUCGUUGAAUCAAAAUGGUCCAGCUGGGUCUCGUUCACAAGUUUCGUCCUGGUGGCGCAUGGUUAGCUCCUACGUUCCAGGGGCUGCCGAAAUUAAAGUCAAGGUUGUGAAGCAAUACGUGGAUCCCAAUUACUCUCUUGGAAAAGUUAUGACUCGUGAUUUUAUUAAGAUUCUUGUCAAAAACGCCGUCGUUGGAUUGCGAGGUGCCAUCCCCGUGAUCGUGGGAGCCAGAGACGUGACGGUUGAAGGGCUUUGCAUGGGGAAAUGCGCAGAGCAUGGAGUUAUUGAUGGAAUUCCGUACGUGAUUAUUGGGAACCCAGAGACGGAGUGCCCAGGAGCCUGUGCAUGGCCAUUUCGCAGAGCCGACUACGGCCCCGCCGGUGCCAUCCUUAAGCCACCAAGCGGUGACGUCGGGGCAGAUGCCAUGGUCGUGUCCUUGGCCUCUGGCUUGGCCUCCGUCGUCAGCAACCCCUUCCAUACAGGCUUAUACCAGCUGGGCGAGAAGGGUGACAUGAUUGAGGCCUCCACCGCCUGCCCAGGCAUGUUUGGCACUGGAGCCGCCCCUGGCUACUCCGGAAAGGUCGCCGUUGACCCCCAUACUGGUGGCGCUUACAAUGCCGUUGGCUUUAAGGGCAAGAAGUUUCUUCUUCCUGCUCUUUGGAACCCUAAGACGUCCUCUUGUUGGACUGUCAUGUAA